ACGUCAUAGUUGAGUAGAUGGCGCUAAUUUCAAAUUUCAAAGAGAGAGCUUGCGAUGGACGACGUAAAGUAGGCGCCUGCUCGUAGGACUCCCGGCCCGGCCGAACUCCCGUUAUAAUGAAAACCACUUGUUGUCUGCGCGGGCAGUGCGCCGAUCGCACGCCCUUCUACUAACGCGAAUGUAUAAUUUUCACACUCGAACAAGAUUUUGCAUACAAUAGUGAACCGCAACAACAAAAUAAUUGUAUUUCUAGUGUAAUUAAAACUAAUAAAUUCACAAAAUGUGCUUAAAAAAUAUAUCGGUAUAUAUUUACUUGGCUAUGGUGGCGGUUUGCGUGGUUGGCGAUUGCGGGCCACGACUGCAAUAUGCCUGGGGAGACGCACUCCAAGGGACUGACUGCCCUGGGCCUGAUGGCACACCUUAUCCUAGACACCUAGUGAACCGAGCCUUGAAAUCGUCAUGGGGCCAGACGCGGCAAGGCAGAGCGGCUCGGACGCUGGAUCCAGCAUUGAUGCGCAGGGCUCUGUUGGAUGCCCACGCGGGGUACUCGGAAGGCGUUGUGAAGCCUCAGAGCAGUAACAGAACUGCUCGUGCCUCAAAUAACCUGCCAGGGUUGACACCGGGCAAUACAAACUCGUGCGGUGGAACCCGGCUGUGCCGCACGCGGUACAACACGACAGCGCCGAUGUACGGCGUGUCGCUGACGUCGGGACAACCCGUCACCAUCGUGCAGAAGUUCCCCGACCUUCUGCAGCAGGUCGUGUUUGAAGUUUGCGAAUCAAGCGAGUGCUCAGUAGUACGCGGUUCGUGUACCCAGACGUACGUGCCUUAUUUGUUCCUCGUGCUGCCAUUAGGCCCAGUCACGCUGACGGGGCAAGACUACGUGCUGGUCGAGUCGGGAUGCGUUUGUAGGCCUGAUCCUAUCCCGUAGCUUGUAGUGUGAACUAGGCUUUAGAUUAGGUACGGGCAACGUUGACAGAAUUCGAGCGUCCAAACACUUUAGUGUCAAAAUAUAAUGGACCUUAACAUCUUGUUUUAAAGCUUAACUUUGUCCAUACAUCUACACUCUACAGACAGCACUCGUGCCACCACUUCAAGUGGAAAUCUUGUGAAAAUUAAAAUCGAUGGUAUUGAAUUUUUGACUUUCAAUCGAGAUUUUUAGGGUUCAUUUUCCUCUGACGUUAUUGUGUUUCGACUAACUAUUCUAUCAACGUUGAUUAUGGGUGUCCAAUCAACGCAGUACGCAAGUAAUGUAACGCAAGUAAUGCUUAGAAUCAAACCCCCAACCUGCCAAAUAGGAGGCCAACGAUGUCUUUUAAUCAAUUAGACAAGCAAGGGUGCCGUUUUUAAGAAAACUCAGUGGGUGUAACUUAAAGAUACAAAUACUGAGUUAUGUAAUAAAAAGGCAUUGGGGCUUAUACUUAAUUUGAAUUCACCCUAAGCUAAUAGGGAGGAAAGGUGUAAAACACGCGUAGUAUGCAAUAUAAUAUGUGACAAUCUAGGACAUGGUUUUCUAAAUCAUGAUAAUAUUAUCAUGACGUAGAAAAUCUGUAGGUAGGUACUCUAAACCGAAUUUUAUGACGUCCAAUUAAGCAAUUUUUUUUGUUAAAAAACUUUUUUUCACAGACUGCGUUUAAUAAGAGCAAGAUAUCAUUUGGAUAUCUAAAGUAUAAAAGCAAAGUUGACUGUAAUAAAAGUUUUUAUGGUACCUAUUUAAUUUGAGCUGUGCGUUGGAAGAUCUGUCAUCCAGUUACCUUUAUCUUUAUAUAAAUCAUUUCAUUUAGAUAAAAAAUCGGUGAGACAUUAAUUUGGAGGUUUGAAAUAGUGUCGCUAUACUAAACAAUAUACCUAUUACAUGUAUUAUAAGUAUUUGACAAUGAUAAUGGAAUUCUAUGCUUUGUUUGACCGUAUAUUUUUUCCAUUUUGUUGACUAAUAAGACAAGUUAGAAGAUUGCUGGUUGGACACCCUUAAUUUAGGUAUAUUGUAUAGUAGAUGUAUUUGUGCUCAAAAUAAUACGAAUUUAAUUUAUUAAAAUUUGAAUGCAACUUGAGAUCGAUGCAAUUGACCUGUUGUAUUUGUGUUAGAGAGUAUUGUAAUAAAAAAUAGAAUAUUAAAAUUACUGUUUUUAGAAAAGUAUUUAUGAAAAUUUUAUUUAAAUUGUUAAAAAAAUAUUUUUGAUAAUUGUAUUUUUGGUGAUAUUUUUAGGUAUGCCACUAGAUGCAUGAAAUACAUUUUUUAAUACUGAAAAUGCGAGCUAAUUUAGUAACUAGAUUCAGCCACAUCAUUGGCAUCGAAGAAAUGCGAUACGCCUUAUGCUGUUGACUUGCAUUUAUAGUAUUAGAAAAUACGGCUCUUCCUGAGUCUUGUGGUUCUUACAUCUGCGUGCGAUCUCCUGAAUCAAAAGAGUAGGGAAGAUAAUUUCGAGUGCCUUGAUAUUUCGGGAUAGUACCCGGUUAUUUUAAACCAAUUAGUAUUUGUUAUGCAUUUAUUAUUUAUAGAAAUAUUAAGAUGCAAUUUAUUUUGUUACAAUAUAUAUUGACGGCGCAUCCAGACUGUAAAACAUAAUUUGUUAUACAAUUUUGUAUGGUUUUAUAAGUUUUUCAGAAGCAUUGUCAAUGGUUAUACCGGCCCACUACUUAAUGUUGACCAAGUUAUAUGCUAUGAAGUGAAAGUUAUAUAACAUGUUACAUAAUCUGGACGCACCUUUGAUUGAACUGUUCUUUUGCAUUUCUUCUACUUAAAUAAGUCUAAAUGUAGAAGAAUGUGGUUCGAAUUUUAUGUAAAAAAAAAAUGUAAGUAGGUACCUACUUACCUAAUAUCCCAAAAUAGUAUUUCAUUCGGAUUCUUUAAUUUAUUAAUCUUUAUAGACUGAAUUUUUAAUGUUAAUUUAUUUUUCAAACUAUUAUUAUUAUUAAUAUUUUUUUCAGUUAAAAAUGUUAUACCUAGCGCCUUUACUUUUAAGUAGCGCUAUAACAACGAAUGUAACAAAGAAUUAGAAAUUAAUAAAA